UGUCAACGCCGAACUGCGUUCCCUUCGUCGCCCUUCGAAAGACACGCGACUGUGAUACCGCUCCCGUAACAAAGAGAGGUCAAUCAUUCAUUCAUUCAUCAUUCAUUCAUACAUAUAUCCCGUACCUCAUCGUCUGAGCACACAAUAUAACAUGGGUAAGCGCCGUUGGAACGGAUCCAAUUUGCUCGGUCAUCCGUCCCCACAACGACGGCGUCGUCGCCACCAAACCGCGUGUGACGAGUUCGACUCGAACAUCUUACACAAUGUCAAGCAACAAUCCUCGCUGCACGCCUUUUUUGGUGUCAAGACCAGACCGUCGCCAAUGGAGGUCCGUUCCCGGUCGCGAUGCACGCCUACUAUCGUUGGCACUCCACCGACGCCGCAAGCAGAACUUCAACGGUGCCGACCGACGCCUCCUACUAGUACCGCACACCCGCCACCGUCUACCCCCGUCAUCAAGACACAACGUGUCCGUAAAAAGACGCAGCAACUCUACCUCGACUGUGGACAACGGGACUUUGGAUCACGGUCCGUCUGUGCCACCUGCGGUAUGCUCUACGUACACGGACUCGUCGAAGACGCGAUCCAACACGCACGCAUCUGUCAAGAUUACAUCCAAGGUGUACCCUUUGCUAUUCCUACAUCUACACUUUCUUCGUUCUGGUCUACCCAAGCUCUGUCGAUACACGCGAUCCAGAGUACGAGCAAACGGAUGGUUCGUCUGGGCACGGUGCCGGAACGCCUAAUUGUCGAAGUUCGACCAACCGACACGGCAAAUUUGCGCAAAAAGGUGUUGCAGGUACAACGGAUUGUGGAUCAGGAACUGGGGUUUGUCGCGUCCUCCGAUGCCAAGCCUGCGAGACGAAUCACCUAUCUCUGUAUCCAAAACAAACGCGUGGUUGGCAUGGCUUGCGUCGAACUCAUUGACCAGGCUUAUGCAUUGAUUCAGACAGCACAGGCGUACGAACGCUCCACCGUCCCCGUCAAAGCCAUGCUGGGCAUUCACCAGCUCUGGGUGCAUUCCAAGUUUCGUUCGCGUGGCAUUGCGACCAAUCUAAUAGACGCCGCACGUGCCAAAAUGGUGUUUGGCCUCGUGGUCCCCGUCGACCAAGUCGCCUUUUCCAGUCCCACCCAGGCCGGCGCCGAAUUUGCCCGACGCUACUACCAGCACCGCGCAACAACAGCAUACGUAAGCCUCACCCAACAUCGAAUCGCGUGCUGGUGUACGAUUGCGGGAGUUGAUCCAGUGGAGCCGGUGCCAUAUCAAUUGUCUCGUGCCACAAAAACGAAGCCCGAGCGACGGAAUUGGAUGAAGGCCCACGUAUUGGAGAAAAAGUCUGUAGAAUAA